AUGGCGGAUACACUCGGAGAAGGGACAACAGUUAGUGCAGCAGCAGAUGUAGCAAUGUCCGAGGACAGUGGCUACCAGGGAAGUAGACAGUCCACCACGACAGAGGGGACAGUAUCACAGAUGGACCUUGCCUCGGAGUCCGGGGACAGUACACACACAGUGGUGGGACCGGCAAGCACUGGGGCCGCCGAAAGACAAGGGAACAUGGAAAAUCUUAGUUGGCCGCCUCAAGUUACAAUCGACCCGGUAUCAAGAACGGAACAGUGGGUGGAGGAGAC